GCCGUUCGUCUUACAAGGCAGUUAGAAGUGCUGCGAGUAAGAAUGCUAAAGCUAGAAUGCUAAGAGUAGAAAGUUGCCAACCCUUUACAAUGAAAUAAAUGCUUCUAUUUAUACCCACCAAUGGGCAGGUGGCUGUACUGACGUGGCAGCCUGUGGACCGCUGGUGCCCCAACUACCAAAUCUUCAGCAUUAAAUGCACUUCCCGCCAGAAUCUAGGUUUCCCGCCCAAUCAGUGGGGACGUUCGUCCGCCCGGGAAGUGAGUCGGAUCGCUCCAAGUGACCCUCAAGAGAUACCGGCUGUUCGUCUCCUGGCCUUGAUAGAUACUCACCAUGUGGACUGGGUUUCCUCCGAUGACUAUAGGCUUGCCAUGGGGACGUUCGUCGUCAUCCCUGGUGGCCCGUGGCCCUGCUCCUUGUCCCUGCAUAGACGUUCGUCGGGAUGAGCCGCUGGGCCUGAACUCCCAACCCCAGACGUUCGUCCAUCCUCAAGGAACAUGGGCCUGUGGGCUGGCCUUGUGUUCUAACUGGACGUGCGUCUGGUAAGAAGGGGUUAGUGGGCCGGACCUCGUUGAUCAUCUAGCUCCGAGAAUUGACCUGCAGAAUAAUCACUAAAAGAAACUAAAACAUAUAUUAGUGACUCGAGACGCGUCAGACGCUGUCCUAAGGAAUUAUUUCCGGCGUACGGAAAUUUCCCCCAAGAUAUAACGAGCCCUUCGAUACAAGACCGGUAACAGAACUAACGAGAAGAAAAUUAGUAUAUGAACCCAGCAAUAGAAUAUUUUAAAGUUGUUUAUAUAUAUAAUAAGGACCAUGUAUUUUCCAAAUGUCAUGAAACUAACUCUUCUCACAUAGGAGCUCUUCUCUCAUAGGAGGCUCACACACAAGUAUAUAUAUAAAUUAUGUAUUCCACUCCCAAAGCUCUCUACGUUACACAUACAUAUAUCAUAUAUGAGUAUAUAUUUAUACAUGUCUUAAUCUCUUGAUGCAUAGCAGCAUAGGUAUAUAUAUACAAUUCAUAUCUUCUAUUAUACAAAGGCAAAAUAAAAACUGCACAGUGUUCCCGCCGACACUGUGCAGAAACGGGCCGGGUCAAUUUGAAGUGGGUUCAAAAACGGGUCAGUCAGCAAGUUUGUUUUAUUGCUCAGAGUUUUUAAAUGCGGGCCCACUGUACAAUGCAGUUUUGGUGGCUCAAGAAAAAGUUGUGUUGAGCGGUAAAAGUCAGUUUUUGUGGCUCAAGAUACAAUGUACCGCACAAGCAUUUAUUGCAUUGUACUAUUCAAAUAUUCAAAACAGUUGCAUUGCUUUAACGUGAUCUAGGACGGGUGGUAUGAGUUGUCUUUAUUUAAUGCAUUGUAGCAACCUUUACUUUUAUCAAGCUACUUUAUUGUGGUCUAUUAAAAAUCACAUCGCAUAAUUGCUUACUUUUGACCAGUGGGUAAUCUUAUUACAUAUUCAAAAAAAAUUGUAAAAUUGUAGUAUAAAUAUGCCCAAUUAAAUCAGUUGGGGACCUCAGAGCAACACACCACAAAGCAAUGGAACUAGAGUGAGGACGUGAGGUGUGUGUGCCUUUGAUAUUAAGGGUAGACACCGGCAGUUGUGUUCGACGAUGACAGGCACAACUCAUGCGAAGAGAGGGAAUGAAACAAAGAUGUAUCAACAGCCAUACUAGAAGGUCCAUACAUUAAAGUAAACGAAUCAGGGAAGAUAGGGCAUGUUUGGAAAAAAGUUCAUGUCCAAUCAACCCCUUCUGCUCAUCCUUUGAACAAUCAACAGUUUAUUUUACAAACAACCUGCCUUUAAAGAUCAUGAAUUUAAAUGCAAAAAGCAAGAGUUAAAAUUCAGGGCUUGAAGAUGAUACCUGAGAAUUUGAUAAUGCAAUAAUAAAACCAUGUGAUACCUGCUAUAUAUAGUGUCAACUUCUAAUGGUAUAAUAUAUAUCUUACAUUUUUA